CCGGUGCACAGUUUUGAAUCUUCGUUGGUCGCUAUACGAGACGUGGACCCAAAGCAAAAGUACAUCAUCUUCAAAGGUAACGUUAUGUCUCGAUUCGCGAACAUCAAAUAUUGAAUCAACAAAUAUUAAUGCAUUGUGAGGUAAACUUGAGAAACUGUAACGUUUAGCCUUUAUUUACAGUCGUGGUUAGCGGGUCUUUGCUAGCGUGCAAUCUGGUAUCCUUGGGACUUCCAUAACCCCCAUUGAUGUUGAAAUUUUAAAUGGUUAGGUAAGAGUUAGUCUCGCGUUGCCAUACCACCAAAAUCACGUAGUUGGAAGCCUGGUUCCCGACGAGGCUAGGUAAGAGUUAUGGUAGGGGUUAAGGUUAGUUAGGGUUUAGGUUAGGGACGUCCCAAGGAUAUAGGAUAGAACAGACCAUUAGCUAGCUAGGCUACUACUUACACCCCGUGGAUAAACAAUACCUAGCUAAAAUACAUUUGCUUGCUACGAGAAUAAGGUGUCUUGCUACUAGCUAUUGUUAGCUAAUCAAGAUGCUGCUUUAUUAAUGUGUCUUGUUUGUUUACAUUGCCCGAAGAGGGCUGGCCAGUGGCAUUGCUAGCUAUCAGUGGUGGGUACGCUGCCCGGGCAUGUUGUUACCGUGUUGUUUCCAGAUAAUAGUCAUAUUGUCCCCCUUACAGAGACAGAGAAAGGGACCAUGGAUGACGACAAUCACAGAUUAUUUCAAAGAGUUGCAGAGAAACUUGGCUGGUCAGAGAAGGGAGGGUUGGAAACAGUAGAACAACAGGUAUGUUGAAAUUACUAGGUCACAUUAAUUACAACCACCAGUGAUUAUCUUAAUCAAUUGCACACUAUUCCCUAUGUAGGGUACUACAUUUGACCUGGUCAAAAGUAGUGCACUAUAUAGGGAAUAGGGUGCCAUUUCAAACACAUCCUGUGUCAUCUUUGCAGCUGAUUAAGAGCAUCAGUAAGACUCGGCGUCCGGCCAUAGGCGGUCAUGGCUCCAGGGGUGCUCAAGACCUUCCUCCCCCAGUCCGGCUACUUCUGCCAGACAGUGAGGAAGAGGAUGACGGAGGCUCAGGGAAAGAGAACCAGGUCUCAAAGGGCAACAGUUACAGGACCAAGGUGUUCAUGGAGUCCAGUGACGAUGAUUUCGACCAGUGUAAGUGAGAGUCAGUGGGUUGGGUUGCAAGUCUAUUAGGAUGUAAAAGGGCCUGUCUCCAAGAGGCCUGUUAGACAUGUUCUCUGCUUCUGUGGUGAAGGGUGUCUCCUUGUUGCAAUUUAUAUUAAACCUAGAUUGAUUUUUGAUUGACUUUACCUACGACUGCUCUCUUUUUGUUCACCUGGAAGAUUAUUUUACACCUGGUCCAGAGCUGUAUGAGCAUUGGCCAACUCCUCUGAUUAUGGUUGUCAUGGUGCCAAACAUGUAUGCCUAUGACAUGAUAGCUAUGCAUUGAAAUACUGUAGUUGAAUGAUUUAAUCUCCAUGUUCUUCUUGUCUGUAGUUCUUGUGGAGCAGGCGACACCCAAAGCUGCUUCUCGGAAACAUUGCACUGCUGCUAAGAAAGUCAGGUAAAGUAGUGAUUCGUCCUGCUAGGGCUGGAUGAAGACCGUCAUGAAAAUAAAAUAACCGUAAAAAAAAAAGAUGGGACAGCAUUCGUGCUGUUGAGUCCGUUUAAAAGAUGGUGGAUAAAUUAAGAUAGUUCUCUCAGGCCAUUUACCAUUAAAAAAAAGAGUGGUCUGUUCCGGUCUGCUUAACGGAGUGGUUCUCCCAUAGACACCAAUGCAAUAGUAGCUGGGUCUGGUCUGCUUAGUUCAUUGACUGUAAUGUAACCUGAAAAAAUGAGGGAGUGGGGUGUCUUGCUUCCGUUUCUGCCUACAUCGCGUUGAAACUUUGUUGCUCCUUGCUGAAACAAGCUGGCCAAUUACCGCCGUCCAAAAUUCAAUGACCGUCACAGCCCUACUUCCAGCCUACAUAGCCUUGUAGUCUUAAGACUCUAUUCAAUCUGUAUCGCUGAAGCGUUACAGAUUGCGGGAUAGAAAUAUAAAGGUAAUGUCCAAUUGCGCUGACAAAUGCAGCGUUUACCGUGAAUGCCAUCUCCGCUAACCUGGGAACAUUGCCUUUAAAUUUCAAUCACGCUGUAAUGCUGAACUUCCACGAUACUGAUUGAAUAGUGCCCUUAAUCCCAUUUUCUCUAUCUAGUCAUUCAAUUGGACAAAAUGUGAUGUUGUUUAUUCUCUGAUUCUCUCCCCUGUAGUGAACCAGUCCUUGUAUUAAGCUCAGAAAGUGACGACAGCUUUGAAAACUGUAAGUAUCAUACUGGUGCCUUGACAUCUGCAUUGGGGAAGUCAUGUUUUGAUCAUAUUCUGAAAUUCUUUAUUGAAACAAUGUAUGUCAUUUCUGAAUGGGUGUUUGUCAUGUCUUGUUUGGUGUAUGUCAUUUCUAAGUCAAAGAACAAUUGUUUCUGACUGUCCAGGGCCCGGUUUCCUAAAAGCAUCUUAAGGCUAAGUUAAUUGUUAGAAACUUGGUAGGAGCAUUGUUAAAUCUCAGAGCUGUUUCCCAAAACAAUCGUUACCAAAGUUGUACUUGAAAACGUUAUUUACCGACAGCCUCAAACCUCUAGUAGAACAGCGAAGUGCGUCGUUAGAUUCGUUUUUUUUUUUUACCUGCUGCGUCACUUUACACACAGAAGAUCGCCGUUAAACAUAGAAUCAAGAUGUGUAUCAGUCUCUCUGUGACUGCCAAUAACUUCACAACGAAUUUGAAUACAAAUACAAAGUUGCCAAUGUCAUUGCAAUUGUUACAAACAAGCAAAGGAUACAAAUAUUUGAAAACAAAGCUUCAAACCACUAGUGGCCCUGUGUAGAUCAGCUGGUAGAGCAUGGCGCUUGCAGCGCCAGGGUUGUGGGUUCGUUUCCUACGGGGGGCCAGUAUGAAAAUGUAUGCACUCACUAACUGUAAGUCUCUCUGGAUAAGAGCGUCUGCUAAAUGACUAAAAUGUAAAUGAAAACCGAGAUGACUGCAUUAAAAGACAAAUAGCCUACCUACAGUAUAGACUAUAGGCCUAUAUAUUAUAAAUAGCCUACCUACAGUAUAGACUAUAGGCCUAUAUACACUGCUCAAAAAAAUAAAGGGAACACUUAAACAACACAAUGUAACUCCAAGUCAAUCACACUUCUGUGAAAUCAAACUGUCCACUUAGGAAGCAACACUGAUUGACAAUACAUUUCACAUGCUGUUGUGCAAAUGGAAUAGACAACAGGUGGAAAUUAUAGGCAAUUAGCAAGACACCCCCAAUAAAGGACUGGUUUUGCAGGUGGUGACCACAGACCACUUCUCAGUUCCUAUGCUUCCUGGCUGAUGUUUUGGUCACUUUUGAAUGCUGGCAGUGCUUUCACUCUAGUGGUAGCAUGAGACGGAGUCUACAACCCACACAAGUGCCUCAGGUAGUGCAGCUCAUCCAGGAUGGCACAUCAAUGCGAGCUGUGGCAAGAAGGUUUGCUGUGUCUGUCAGCGUAGUGUCCAGAGCAUGGAGGCGCUACAAGGAGACAGGCCAGUACAUCAGGAGACGUGGAGGAGGCCGUAGGAGGGCAACAACCCAGCAGCAGGACUGCUAUCUCCGCCUUUGUGCUAGGAGGAGCAGGAAGAGCACUGCCAGAGCCCUGCAAAAUGACCUCCAGCAGGCCACAAAUGUGCCUGCUCAAACGGUCAGAAACAGACUCCAUGAGGGUGGUAAUGAGGGCCCGAACGUCCACAGGUGGGGGUUGUGCUUACAGCCCAACACCAUGCAGGACGUUUGGCAUUUGCCAGAGAACACCAAGAUUGCCAAAUUUGCCACUGGCGCCCUGUGCUCUUCACAGAUGAAAGCAGGUUCACACUGAGCACAUGUGACAGAGUCUGGAGACGCCGUGGAGAACGUUCUGCUGCCUGCAACAUCCUCCAGCAUGACCGGUUUGGCGGUGGGUCAGUCAUGGUGUGGGGUGGCAUUUCUUUGGGUGGCUGCACAGCCCUCCAUGUGCUCGCCAGAGGUAGCCUGACUGCCAUUAGGUACCGAGAUGAGAUCCUCAGACCCCUUGUGAGACCAUAUGCUGGUGCGGUUGCUAAUGCAAGACAAUGCUAGACCUCAUGUGGCUGGAGUGUGUCAGCAGUUCCUGCAAGAGGAAGGCAUUGAUGCUAUGGACUGGCCCGCCCGUUCCCCAGACCUGAAUCCAAUUGAGCACAUCUGGGACAUCAUGUCUCGCUCCAUCCACCAACGCCACGUUGCACCACAGACUGUCCAGGAGUUGGCGGAUGCUUUAGUCCAGGUCUGGGAGGAGAUCCCUCAGGAGACCAUCCGCCACCUCAUCAGGAGCAUGCCCAGGCGUUGUAGGGAGGUCAUACAGGCACGUGGAGGCCACACACACUACUGAGCCUCAUUUUGACUUGUUUUAAGGACAUUACAUCAAAGUUGGAUCAGCCUGUAGUGUGGUUUUCCACUUUAAUUUUGAGGGUGACUCCAAAUCCAGACCUCCAUGGGUUGAUAAAUUUGAUUUCCAUUGAUAAUUUUUGUGUGAUUUUGUUGUCAGCACAUUCAACUAUGUAAAGAAAAAAGUAUUUAAUAAGAUUAUUUCAUUCAUUCAGAUCUAGGAUGUGUUAUUUUAGUGUUCCCUUAAUUUUUUUGAGCAGUGUAUUAUACAGUGGGGGAAAAAAGUAUUUAGUCAGCCACCAAUUGUGCAAGUUCUCCCACUUAAAAAUAUGAGAUAGGCCUGUAAUUUUCAUCAUAGGUACACGUCAACUAUGACAGACAAAAUGAGAUUUUUUCUCUCCAGAAAAUCACAUUGUAGGAUUUUUAAUGAAUUUAUUUGCAAAUUAUGGUGGAAAAUAAGUAUUUGGUCAAUAACAAAAGUUUCUCAAUACUUUGUUAUAUACCCUUUGUUGGCAAUGACACAGGUCAAACAUUUUCUGUAAGUCUUCACAAGGUUUUCACACACUGUUGCUGGUAUUUUGGCCCAUUCCUCCAUGCAGAUCUCCACUAGAGCAGUGAUGUUUUGGGGCUGUCGCUGGGCAACACGGACUUUCAACUCCCUCCAAAGAUUUUCUAUGGGGUUGAGAUCAGGAGACUGGCUAGGCCACUCCAGGACCUUGAAAUGCUUCUUACGAAGCCACUCCUUCGUUGCCCGGGCGGUGUGUUUGGGAUCAUUGUCAUGCUGAAAGACCCAGCCACGUUUAAUCUUCAAUGCCCUUGCUGAUGGAAGGAGGUUUUCACUCAAAAUCUCACGAUACAUGGCCCCAUUCAUUCUUUCCUUUACACGGAUCAGUCGUCCUGGUCCCUUUGCAGAAAAACAGCCCCAAAGCAUGAUGUUUCCACCCCCAUGCUUCACAGUAGGUAUGGUGUUCUUUGGAUGCAACUCAUCAUUCUUUGUCCUCCAAACACGACGAGUUGAGUUUUUACCAAAAAGUUCUAUUUUGGUUUCAUCUGACCAUACGACAUUCUCCCAAUCCUCUUCUGGAUCAUCCAAAUGCACUCUAGCAAACUUCAGACGGGCCUGGACAUGUACUGGCUUAAGCAGGGGGACACGUCUGGCACUGCAGGAUUUGAGUCCCUGGCGGCGUAGUGUGUUACUGAUGGUAGGCUUUGUUACUUUGGUCCCAGCUCUCUGCAGGUCAUUCACUAGGUCCCCCCGUGUGGUUCUGGGAUUUUUGCUCACCGUUCUUGUGAUCAUUUUGACCCCACAGGGUGAGAUCUUGCGUGGAGCCCCAGAUCGAGGGAGAUUAUCAGUGGUCUUGUAUGUCUUCCAUAUCCUAAUCAUUGCUCCCACAGUUGAUUUCUUCAAACCAAGCUGCUUACCUAUUGCAGAUUCAGUCUUCCCAGCCUGGUGCAGGUCUACAAUUUUGUUUCUGGUGUCCUUUGACAGCUCUUUGGUCUUGGCCAUAGUGGAGUUUGGAGUGUGACUGUUUGAGCUUGUGGACAGGUGUCUUUUAUACUGAUAACAAGUUCAAACAGGUGCCAUUAAUACAGGUAACGAGUGGAGGACAGAGGAGCCUCUUAAAGAAGAAGUUACAGGUCUGUGAGAGCCAGAAAUCUUGCUUGUUUGUAGGUGACCAAAUACUUAUUUUCCACCAUAAUUUGCAAAUAAAUUCAUUAAAAAUCCUACAAUGUGAUUUUCUGGAAAAAAUAUUCUCAAUUUGUCUGUCAUAGUUGACGUGUACCUAUGAUGAAAAUUACAGGCCUCUCUCAUCUUUUUAAGUGGGAGAACUUGCACAAUUGGUGGCUGACUAAAUACUUUUUUCCCCCACUGUAAAUAGCCUACCUACAGUAUAGACUAUAGGCCUAUAUAUUAAUAUAUAUUUCAAUGAUUCAAUCAAUUUCAUGUUCAUCAAAUUGAGUUUUAUUUGGCUACUGUCUAUAAUGUUUGCCUCAAUAUAUUUCAUAAUGUGUAGCCUAACGUGCCCAAUCUUGGUUUAGUGCAUUUUAUAGGGUAAGCAUUAGAAUAAGCCACCUCAAUAUCUGCAGCCAUAGGUGAUAAUCUCUUUAGGAGCUGAUCCUUGGUCAGUAUUGUGAAAUAAUUAUAAUGUUAAGGUAAGAUCUGAAUGGAGAAAGCUGAUCUGAGAGCAGCGCUUCCUUCCUUUCCAUCCUAUCAGUAUUGACACUUGCCUCAACAACCAACUUGUGAACGUUCUCUCUGCGCGGUGUUUUGGGAAACGCAUGUUACGUCUUCGGCCGUUGUAGGAAAGAUGCAUCCUUAAAACACUCGUAAGCCUAGGUUCCAUCGCUACCGGGAAACCGGGCCCAGGUCCCUUCGAUGUCUCCUUAUUCAUGUCAUUGUCCCCCACUAUGAAAUCGGGGAGGGAACUGUGGAUCGGUCUCCGUCCGUUCGUGCGUUAGUCACACACGAUAUCUGACAACACUGGCCCGAUUUUGACUCAACUCUGGUGAAUGAUGCGUCUUGCCAUAGAGAUCCGGCAUUUACAAAACUACACUGAUUGGCCCAAGGCGGGAGCUUUAGUAAUUAACGGGAAUUUGUGAGUCACACCAGAGAUGAAAAGGCAAAGCGGGAGGUAUAACUGCCGCUGCAUCAUUCGUGGGGGAUGACAUGUUUACUGUUCCCUUGUUGUCUCUCCUCUGGUGCCCCUGAAGUCCUGAGCCGUGUGAAAACUCCCAAGCCUAAGCCCAAGGAAGCAGAGCGUGGCAGUGAAGACAGGUACAGUGGUUCCAACCUCUCUUACCUUGACUAUGGUCCCUAUCGUGUGUUAAAUACUCAGGUUUGUCUCCUGUUUUGUCCUCAGCCUCAGAAACUUCAUUGUCGACAGCUUUUCCUCCGAUGAUGACUUUGUCGUCGAGAAGAAAAAACCAUCUACCUCCAAAGGUAACAUUGACUGCUUCCCUAAUGGCAACCUAUUCCCUAUGUAGUGCACUACUUUUGACCAGGGAGCAUAGGGCUCUUUAAAAAAAAUAGUGGACUAUAUAGGGGAUAGGGUGCCAUUUGAUACGCAGACAUUGACUGUCCUCAUACAUACUUGUAAUAAACUGAAAUCUGUUUCUAAGAAGUUCUUUCUGCUCGAUUUCAGUUCAGCACUGUGAUGACUUUUCUUUGCAUAGCUAGUAUUGAAGUAAUACCCAGGAAGCCUUGGUUAAUAUGAUAUAUUGUCACGGCUAGGGGCAGUUGUUAGGCCAAAAGCAUUACCUACUCAACAGUCACUGUCUGUUUUGUUUAACUCAUGGAGACUCAUCAAUGAAAAGACACUGUGUGUCUGUCUUCUACAGGUGCGUUUAACACCCCUAAGCUGUCAUCCUCCCAGCCCCCAGUCAGAAGACCCCUGUCCCAGUGUGACUCCCCAGUUUUCCUCAGUGACAGUGAAGAAGAAGAUGGUAUCGUGAUGAAGAGCACAUGGAGGACGCGCAACCCUGUGCACCAGCCGCCGCCGUCACAGAAGCUCAAAGUCCUGCAAAGUAACCAGAAGUCCUGCAAAGUAGCCAACAUCUUCUUUCCCUCUCCCGCCCCUCCUCCUCUGCCCUCCCCCUCUCCCGCCCCUCCUCCUCUGCCCUCCCCCUCUCCCAGCUCUCCUCCUCCCCCCCUCUCCUCCUUCACCCCCUCCCCGGCAUCCGUUCCACAGCGGACCCACUCAGCCCCGUCGAAGCUGGAGGACUCAGCCAGCUCAGAGGAAGAGUUCCUCAGCUUACUGGACAGAAUUAAGAAGAACCACAAGACCGGCAACACCCCAACACCUAAACGUAACACAGGUAACACCUAAACAUAACACAGGUAACACCCCAACACCUAAACAUAACACAGGUAACACCUAAACAUAACACAGGUAACACCCCAACACCUAAACAUAACACAGGUAACACCUAAACAUAACACAGGUAACACCCCAACACCUAAACACAACACAGGUAACACCCCAACACCCCAACACCUAAACGUAACACAGGUAACACCCCAACACCUAAACAUAACACAGGUAACACCCCAACACCUAAACGUAACACCCCAACACCUAAACAUAACACAGGUAACACCCCAACACCUAAACAUAACACAGGUAACACCCCAACACCUAAACGUAACACAGGUAACACCCCAACACCUAAACGUAACACCCCAACACCUAAACGUAACACAGGUAACACCCCAACACCUAAACGUAACACAGGUAACACCCCAACACCUAAACGUAACACAGGUAACACCCCAACACCUAAACAUAACACAAGUAACACCCCAACACCUAAACGUAACACAGGUAACACCCCAACACCUAAACGUAACACAGGUAACACCCCAACACCUAAACGUAACACAGGUAACACCCCAACACCUAAACGUAACACAGGUAACACCCCAACACCUAAACGUAACACAGGUAACACCUAAACGUAACACAGGUAACACCCCAACACCUAAACGUAACACAGGUAACACCCCAACACCUAAACAUAACACAGGUAACACCCCAACACCUAAACGUAACACAGGUAACACCCCAACACCUAAACGUAACACAGGUAACACCCCAACACCUAAACACAAAACAGGUAACACCCCAACACCUAAACGUAACACAGGUAACACCCCAACACCUAAACAUAACACAGGUAACACCCCAACACCUAAACACAAAACAGGUAACACCCCAACACCUAAACGUAACACAGGUAACACCUAAACGUAACACAGGUAACACCUAAACAUAACACAGGUAACACCUAAACAUAACACAGGUAACACCUAAACAUAACACAGGUAACACCCCAACACCUAAACACAAAACAGGUAACAGUAAUACACAGGGAUCUUUUUGUAAAGUGGGGUGGCACAUUUCUUUUUUGUUUCUAUAUCAUGUAAUCUCAUUGGCUGCUUCCUGAUGUGUGUGAAUCCAGUGCCCAAUCAGAAGCCCCCCCUGUCAGCUCCACGGCCCAAAGCCUCGAAAGAGGCGGGCCCUCGGCCGGUAGGGAGAACACCAUUGGAUCUGAAGACCCCGGUGCGGCCGCUCGUCACUAAACCCACAGUGUCCCAGACGGAAACCAGACUCCAGACCAGUAGCCUUUCCUCCUCCAGGUAAUAUUGAACAGGGCCUAGGGCAGGGUGGAGAUCAAUACUGUCUCCUCUCCAUCUAUUCUACACUGAUCUAAAUACAUAGGUUCAGUGAAGUGUGUGUGUCAGUCUGUCUGUAUCUGUCUGUGUUUCUCUCAUCAGUGUGUCAGCAGUGUGUUAGACUCCAGGCUGUGUUUCUCUCCUCAGAGUGUCAGCAGUGUGUAUGACUCCAGGCUGUGUUUCUCUCCUCAGAGUGUCAGCAGCAGUGUGUUAGACUCCAGGCUGUGUUUCUCUCCUCAGUGUCAGCAGUGUGUUAGACUCCAGGCUGUGUUUCUCUCCUCAGAGUGUCAGCAGCAGUGUGUUAGACUCCAGGCUGUGUUUCUCUCCUCAGUGUCAGCAGUGUGUUAGACUCCAGGCUGUGUUUCUCUCCUCAGAGUGUCAGCAGCAGUGUGUAUGACUCCAGGCUGUGUUUCUCUCCUCAGAGUGUCAGCAGUGUGUUAGACUCCAGGCUGUGUUUCUCUCCUCAGAGUGUCAGCAGUGUGUUAGACUCCAGGCUGUGUUUCUCUCCUCAGAGUGUCAGCAGCAGUGUGUUAGACUCCAGGCUGUGUUUCUCUCCUCAGUGUGUCAGCAGCAGUGUGUUAGACUCCAGGCUGUGUUUCUCUCCUCAGUGUGUCAGCAGUGUGUAUGACUCCAGGCUGUGUUUCUCUCCUCAGUGUGUCAGCAGUGUGUUAGACUCCAGACUGUGUUUCUCUCCUCAGUGUCAGCAGUGUGUAUGACUCCAGGCUGUGUUUGUCUCCUCAGAGUGUCAGCAGUGUGUUAGACUCCAGGCUGUGUUUCUCUCCUCAGAGUGUCAGCAGCAGUGUGUUAGACUCCAGGCUGUGUUUCUCUCCUCAGAGUGUCAGCAGUGUGUAUGACUCCAGGCUGUGUUUCUCUCCUCAGAGUGUCAGCAGUGUGUUAGACUCCAGGAUGUGUUUCUCUCCUCAGAGUGUCAGCAGCAGUGUGUUAGACUCCAGGAUGUGUUUCUCUCCUCAGUGUGUCAGCAGUGUGUUAGACUCCAGGCUGUGUUUCUCUCCUCAGAGUGUCAGCAGUGUGUUAGACUCCAGGCUGUGUUUCUCUCCUCAGAGUGUCAGCAGCAGUGUGUUAGACUCCAGGCUGUGUUUCUCUCCUCAGAGUGUCAGCAGUGUGUUAGACUCCAGGCUGUGUUUCUCUCCUCAGAGUGUCAGCAGUGUGUAUGACUCCAGGCUGUGUUUCUCUCCUCAGAGUGUCAGCAGUGUGUUAGACUCCAGGAUGUGUUUCUCUCCUCAGAGUGUCAGCAGCAGUGUGUUAGACUCCAGGAUGUGUUUCUCUCCUCAGUGUGUCAGCAGUGUGUUAGACUCCAGGCUGUGUUUCUCUCCUCAGAGUGUCAGCAGUGUGUAUGACUCCAGGCUGUGUUUCUCUCCUCAGUGUGUCAGCAGUGUGUUAGACUCCAGACUGUGUUUCUCUCCUCAGAGUGUCAGCAGUGUGUAUGACUCCAGGCUGUGUUUCUCUCCUCAGAGUGUCAGCAGUGUGUUAGACUCCAGGCUGUGUUUCUCUCCUCAGAGUGUCAGCAGUGUGUAUGACUCCAGGCUGUGUUUCUCUCCUCAGAGUGUCAGCAGCAGUGUGUUAGACUCCAGGCUGUGUUUCUCUCCUCAGAGUGUCAGCAGUGUGUUAGACUCCAGGCUGUGUUUCUCUCCUCAGAGUGUCAGCAGCAGUGUGUUAGACUCCAGGCUGUGUUUCUCUCCUCAGAGUGUCAGCAGUGUGUUAGACUCCAGGCUGUGUUUCUCUCCUCAGAGUGUCAGCAGUGUGUAUGACUCCAGGCUGUGUUUCUCUCCUCAGAGUGUCAGCAGCAGUGUGUUAGACUCCAGGCUGUGUUUCUCUCCUCAGAGUGUCAGCAGUGUGUUAGACUCCAGGCUGUGUUUCUCUCCUCAGUGUGUCAGCAGUGUGUUAGACUCCAGGCUGUGUUUCUCUCCUCAGUGUGUCAGCAGCAGUGUGUUAGACUCCAGGCUGUGUUUCUCUCCUCAGUGUGUCAUCAGCAGUGUGUUAGACUCCAGGCUGUGUUUCUCUCCUCAGAGUGUCAGCAGUGUGUUAGACUCCAGGCUGUGUUUCUCUCCUCAGAGUGUCAGCAGUGUGUUAGACUCCAGGCUGUGUUUCUCUCCUCAGAGUGUCAGCAGUGUGUUAGACUCCAGGCUGUGUUUCUCUCCUCAGAGUGUCAGCAGUGUGUUAGACUCCAGGCUGUGUUUCUCUCCUCAGAGUGUCAGCAGUGUGUUAGACUCCAGGCUGUGUUUCUCUCCUCAGAGUGUCAGCAGUGUGUUAGACUCCAGGCUGUGUUUCCCUCCUCAGAGUGUCAGCAGUGUGUUAGACUCCAGGCUGUGUUUCUCUCCUCAGAGUGUCAGCAGUGUGUUAGACUCCAGGCUGUGUUUCUCUCCUCAGAGUGUCAGCAGCAGUGUGUUAGACUCCAGGCUGUGUUUCUCUCCUCAGAGUGUCAGCAGCAGUGUGUUAGACUCCAGGCUGUGUUUCUCUCCUCAGAGUGUCAGCAGCAGUGUGUUAGACUCCAGGAUGUGUUUCUCUCCUCAGUGUGUCAGCAGUGUGUUAGACUCCAGACUGUGUUUCUCUCCUCAGAGUGUCAGCAGUGUGUAUGACUCCAGGCUGUGUUUCUCUCCUCAGAGUGUCAGCAGUGUGUUAGACUCCAGGCUGUGUUUCUCUCCUCAGAGUGUCAGCAGCAGUGUGUUAGACUCCAGGCUGUGUUUCUCUCCUCAGAGUGUCAGCAGUGUGUUAGACUCCAGGCUGUGUUUCUCUCCUCAGAGUGUCAGCAGUGUGUAUGACUCCAGGCUGUGUUUCUCUCCUCAGAGUGUCAGCAGCAGUGUGUUAGACUCCAGGCUGUGUUUCUCUCCUCAGAGUGUCAGCAGUGUGUUAGACUCCAGGCUGUGUUUCUCUCCUCAGUGUGUCAGCAGCAGUGUGUUAGACUCCAGGCUGUGUUUCUCUCCUCAGUGUGUCAGCAGCAGUGUGUUAGACUCCAGGCUGUGUUUCUCUCCUCAGUGUGUCAUCAGCAGUGUGUUAGACUCCAGGCUGUGUUUCUCUCCUCAGAGUGUCAGCAGUGUGUUAGACUCCAGGCUGUGUUUCUCUCCUCAGAGUGUCAGCAGUGUGUUAGACUCCAGGCUGUGUUUCUCUCCUCAGAGUGUCAGCAGUGUGUUAGACUCCAGGCUGUGUUUCUCUCCUCAGAGUGUCAGCAGUGUGUUAGACUCCAGGCUGUGUUUCUCUCCUCAGAGUGUCAGCAGUGUGUUAGACUCCAGGCUGUGUUUCUCUCCUCAGAGUGUCAGCAGUGUGUUAGACUCCAGGCUGUGUUUCUCUCCUCAGAGUGUCAGCAGCAGUGUGUUAGACUCCAGGCUGUGUUUCUCUCCUCAGAGUGUCAGCAGCAGUGUGUUAGACUCCAGGCUGUGUUUCUCUCCUCAGAGUGUCAGCAGCAGUGUGUUAGACUCCAGGAUGUGUUUCUCUCCUCAGUGUGUCAGCAGUGUGUUAGACUCCAGACUGUGUUUCUCUCCUCAGAGUGUCAGCAGUGUGUAUGACUCCAGGCUGUGUUUCUCUCCUCAGAGUGUCAGCAGUGUGUAUGACUCCAGGCUGUGUUUCUCUCCUCAGAGUGUCAGCAGUGUGUUAGACUCCAGGCUGUGUUUCUCUCCUCAGAGUGUCAGCAGCAGUGUGUUAGACUCCAGGCUGUGUUUCUCUCCUCAGUGUGUCAGCAGUGUGUUAGACUCCAGGCUGUGUUUCUCUCCUCAGAGUGUCAGCAGUGUGUAUGACUCCAGGCUGUGUUUCUCUCCUCAGAGUGUCAGCAGCAGUGUGUUAGACUCCAGGCUGUGUUUCUCUCCUCAGAGUGUCAGCAGUGUGUUAGACUCCAGGCUGUGUUUCUCUCCUCAGUGUGUCAGCAGCAGUGUGUUAGACUCCAGGCUGUGUUUCUCUCCUCAGAGUGUCAGCAGUGUGUUAGACUCCAGGCUGUGUUUCUCUCCUCAGAGUGUCAGCAGUGUGUAUGACUCCGGGGUGUUUCCUCCAGUCUCUGUCUGGACCAGGCUCCAGCUACAGCCGCAACUUCAAACAGACCAAGGAGGAGCUCACCAGCAAACUGUACUGCCUGUACAACACCAGCGUGUUCGACAGCAAGGUACACGCACACUUUAAGCAUACAUAGGCUAUACAGUGAUAAACACACAGGUUAUAAGCAUACAUACAGUACCAGACAAAAGUUUUAGAACACCUACUCAUUCAAGGGUUUUUCUUUAUUUUUUUACUAUUUUCUACAUUGUAGAAUAAUAGUGAAGACAUCAAAACUAUGAAAUAACACAUAUGGAAUCAUGUAGUAACCAAAAAAGUGUUAAACAAAUGAAAAUAUAUUUUACAUUUGAGAUUCUUCAAAGUAGCCACCCUUUGCCUUGAUGACAGCUUUGCACACUCUUGGCAUUCUCUCAACCAGCUUCACCUGGAAUGCUUUUCCAACAGUCUUGAAGGACUUCCCACAUAUGCUGAGCACUUGUUGGCUGCUUUUCUUUCACUCUGCUGUCCGACUCAUCCCAAACCAUCUCAAUUGGGUUGAGGUCGUGGGAUUGUGGAGGCCAGGUCAUCUGAUGCAGCACUCCAUCACUCUCCUUCUUGGUAAAAUAGCCCUUACACAGCCUGGAGGUGUGUUGGGUCAUUGUCCUGUUGAAAAACCAAUUAUAGUCCCACUAAGCCCAAACCAGAUGGGAUGGCGUGUCGCUGCAGAAUGCUGUGGUAGCCAUGCUGGUUAAAUGAAUUCUAAAUAAAUCACAGACAGUGUCACCAGCAAAGCACCCCCACACCAUAACACCUCCUCCUCCAUGCUUUACGGUGGGAACUACACAUGCGGAGAUCAUCCGUUCACCCACACCGCGUCUUACAAAGACACAGCGGUUUGAACCAAAAGUCUCCAAUUUGGACUCCAGACCAAAGGACAAAUUUGACAAACCAGACCAAAAAUCUCACAUUUGGACAGAUUUCCACCAGUCUAAUGUACAUUGCUCGUGUUUCUUGGCCCAAGCAAGUCUCUUCUUCUCAUUGGUGUCCUUUAGUAGUGGUUUCUUUGCAGCAAUUCGACCAUGAAGGCCUGAUUCACACAGUCCCCUCUGAACAGUUGAUGUUGAGAUGUGUCUGUUACUUGAAUUCUGUGAAGCAUUUAUUUGGGAUGCAGUUUCUGAGGCUGGUAACUCUAAUGAACUUAUCCUCUGCAGCAGAGGUAACUCUGGGUCUUCCAUUCCUGUGGCGGUCCUCAUGAGAGCCAGUUUCAUCAUAGCGCUUGAUGGUUUUUGCGACUGCACUUGCAGAAUUUUUCAAUGUUCUUGAAAUGUUCCGUAUUGACUGACCUUCAUGUCUUAAAGUAAUGAUGGACUGUCGUUUCUCUUUGCUUAAUUGAGCUGUUCUUGCCAUAAUAUGGACUUGGUCUUUUACCAAAUAGGGCUAUCUUCUGUAUACCCCACUACCUUGUCACAACACAACUGAUUGGCUCAAACGCAUUAAGAAGGAAAUAAAUUCCACAAAUUAACUUUUUAAGAAGGCACACCUGUUAAUUGAAAUGCAUUCCAGGUGACUACCUCAUGAAGCUGGUUGAGAGAAUGCCAAGAGUGUGCAAAGCUGUCAUCAAGGCAAAGGGUGGCUAUUUGAAGAAUCUCUGGUUUGUUUAACACUUUUUUGGCUACUACAUAAUUCCGUAUGUGUUAUUUCAUAGUUUUGAUGUCUUCACUAUUAUUCUACAGUGUAAGACAUUGUAAAAAAAAUAAAGAAAAACCCUUGAAUGAGUAGGUUUGUCCAAACCUUUGACUGGUAGUGUAUACUGCCAUAUUACUUAGUGAUAAAGAUGCCAUCUUAUACAGUGUUUUGUGUUGACCUGCACCAUAACAUCAUGUGACCUGGGCUUGUCUUGCAUGUUUUACCUCUUGUUACCUUUCUAACCUCUUUGUGCCCCAGCUGCCCAGUAACAUGUCAGUGAGCUGUUUUACCUCUUGUUACCUUUCUAACGUCUUUGUGCCCCAGCUGCCCAGUAACAUGUCAGUGAGCUGUUUUACCUCUUGUUACCUUUCUAACGUCUUUGUGCCCCAGCUGCCCAGUAACAUGUCAGUGAGCUGUUUUACCUCUUGUUACCUUUCUAACGUCUUUGUGCCCCAGCUGCCCAGUAACAUGUCAGUGAGCUGUUUUACCUCUUGUUACCUUUCUAACCUCUUUGUGCCCCAGCUGCCCAGUAACAUGUCAGUGAGCUGGAAUAAGAAGAUGAGGAAGACUGCUGGCUACUGCAUCACAGGGCAGGAGAGAGGAGGAGGGAACCGAUACGCCCGCAUCCAACUCUCUGAGAAGGUCUGUGACUCUGCAGGUAAGGCUUGGCUGGUUGAAGAACUAAUGACAUGAGAUUAAAUGUAUGUUGUUACAACGUUGGAGUUAGGUUCUGGUGUAAGUCAUUUAAAGUCAAACUUGAAUGUGAAUAGCCCGUGUAUGUAUGAUUUUAAACUUGUGUAAAAUAUCUCCUUCUUUCUCUCCCAUCAUCCCUCAUUCUCACCCAUCCUCUCUCCCUCCCUCUCUCCCUCCCAUCCUACUUCUCCGUCCUGCCCCGUCUCCGUCCUGCCCCGUCCUCCCAGACCGUCUGCGUGACACGUUGGUCCAUGAGAUGUGCCACGCUGCCACCUGGUUGAUCAACAGUGUGAGGGAUGGGCACGGCCCCUUCUGGAAGCUGUACGCCCGCAAGGCUACGCUGGCACACCCCGAGCUGCCCACGGUCACCCGCUGCCACAGCUACGACAUUAACUACAAGUACCAGUACCAGUGCAGCCGCUGCAAAAACACGUACGUCAACACCAGCUUCCUGUCUGUCCCUGGCAGCUUCCUGUCUGUCCCUGGCAGCUUCCUGUCUGUCCCUGGCUUACGCUUAGAUGAAUACUGUUUUAGUGCUGCAAAUGAAAUGGUGAUUGGGGAUAUUUAAAGAUGGAUUUAUUUAAUCCUAGGAAACUGAGUCAUUCCGUCAAUUGAAGUAUUUGCCCUGUGUGGCUCAGCAGGAGACGCAUACAUCAACAAUAUAUACUCACUGUAGUGUUAAUCACUUGGGAUAAAAGUGUCUGCUAAAUGGCAUUAUAUUAUUGAUGUAUCAGUUGCCUGAGACUAAACUUGUAUACUCUCUUUCUCCCCCUACAGUAUGUAUUGUCAUAGCUUAUAGUUAUAGUAUCAAAAUAGGUAGUUCAAGCACUCAAUCUAGCAUGUAUUCCCAUGAAUUGAUGGCUAAACUCGAAAAAUUAUUGAUGGCUAAACUAGAAAACCAAUUGAUGGCUAAACUGUUCUCAUCUUCCUCCCCUCUGUAGGCUCGGUCGCCACUCUAAGUCUCUGGAUACCCAGAGGUUUGUGUGUGCCCUCUGUACGGGUCAGCUGGUCCUGCUCACCCCCGCCAAGCCCCGGGCGCCCACGCCCUUCGCCAACUUCGUCAAGGAGAACUAUGGGAGCGUUCGCCAGGACCUGGUGGGUCAGAGCCACGGUGACGUGAUGAGGAAACUCAGUGUUGACUUCGCCACCAAGACCAAACUCAGCCAGAGC